CGGGGUUUGUUGACGUCAGGAAGCAAGGCGGAGUCAGUAGACAAGUGUACUUGAGUAGAAAAAAAAAGAUUCAUGUAGAUAGAUUCUACUGAUGCUGCUGUGAGGAUGGAGCUUCCAAACUUCCAAACUACUGAGGUGAAAAGAUGAGCGCCGCAUUCCUCCCAGUGAGAGCAGAUAUGAGUCAGCCUCUGUCCUAGUGCCACGGUGGAGAUGUCAAAACCCGGGCUGACCCCAUCCGCACUGAUCAUGGACAUGACGCUGGCCAACGGUCAGCGGCGCUCCAGGGUCAACGGCGCACUGGAACGGCGCUCCAGGCCAAGCGAAGAAGACACACUACGCUUCCUAAGUCCAGAGGAGAAAGAGUGCCUCCAGUUCUUUGAGGAGACCAUAGACUCAUUGGAGAACAGUUUGGAGGAGGAAGACCUGAGACCAGGACUGAACAAGUCACUAACAAGCCGCAGUCUUCUUGUGAAUGUGAUGGAUGGACCAGCUGCAACCUCAGACCUCGACACCGUGGGCCCCCAACAGACCACACGACGUUUCAGUGCAAAGGACUUGGAUAUUAUAGAUCUGGUCCGCCCCGACCCACACCUGAUGCUUGCCAAAGCACCAGCCUUCAUCCCUACCAGUCCAGAUUUCCAGAAAAUGGUGGUGAACCCGAACAGUCACUUUGAGAUAAAACCAAGACAUGAUCCACCGGACAACUCUGGCCCACUGAGUGGCAGCUACCAGCCAGCAGAUAGCCCCUCGUACCAGCCAGUAAGUUCUGUCCCCGCCCCCAUACUCAUAGUCAAGAAGAUAGCUGAGAACCACGCAGCAGACACAUCUAGCAACCAUUUCGCUUCACUCCACCGCCGCCGCAGCCAGGAGGGUGAAAGACCUUUAGACUCUCUCACAAAGCAGGGUCCUCCUACCUCCGCCAAGCCUAGCAGAUACCCUGCUAACAUCAGUCUUAUUCUUGGCAAAGACCUCCAGAAUCAGUCCAUGACCAAUGUGAACCUCCAUGAUAGGCGGGCGCAGAUGUUGGCAAAUCUGACAGGAGCGCCAGAACAGGAAGACCCCAAGUCCAAUGUGGAGCAGAUUGUUCAGAACUUUCCCACCCGCAGAAUUUCCUUCAGGGACCCCACACCAGAGAAGUCCAGGCUGGAAGCGCUGUCUAAGUUGGGCCUUACCAGGAACGGAGCCAUGUCAGGAGGAGUGUCAGUGCUUGAUUCUCCAAGCAGUAAUUCACAGAAUCCUGUUGCGAGUGCAGAGACCAGUACCAGUGUCAUUCCUAUGCAGCCCAGUGUUCUCCCUACAGAGAGCAACCACCCUGUGCCAGAGCCCAGGACCACAACACCACCAAUCCAGACUCAUGUCAGCAGAAGAACGGAGAAUCUUCCAUUUGACCCCCCCAGGACCUUUGACUACAGAAAGCCUCCACUCAGCCCACCUCCUCUUGAAAUACAGCCACCCAGCCCCCCUCCACCAGAGGUGCAAUUGAACAACUUUGGAGGUAAAUCCAUUGUGGUCACUCCAGUGCCCCCAAAGAACGAAGCCGUGAGUCCUCCAGCGAGCCAUGAAGCUAAAGUCCUGCCCACUGCGCUGGCCAACCCCAGUGAGUUCAACAGCUAUGGAGGAAAGUCCAAAGUCUUGACACCUGCUCCCGGAGGCAUGACCAAGAGCGAUCUUCCCGACAUCCUCAGCUCCCACAUUAACGUCAAUCAUUCCUUGCCCGCCAAAUCAGAGUCCCUUCCUGCUGAGCUCAACAGUUACGGCGGCAAGAGCCGGACCAUCAACCCUUCACCAGGCUUACAGCCGCCUUCAGAAAGCCCAACCAGGUCUUUCAAAGGCCCACCUCCAGCCACGGCCCCAAGGAAUCCGCUUCAUUCGUAUCGCAAUGUUGGCACAGCAACUGCAACCAGAGCCCCAUCACCCUCUGAUCACGUGAGAAGAUCUGGUGCUGUGUUUCGCCCUCAAGGUAUCACUGUGCAGUUUUCUGGUCGAGGGGCUACAGAGGAAUCCCGCAAGGAAGCGCUAAAGAAACUUGGACUGCUGAAAGACUCGUGAGAGUUGCUUGACUCGUGAAGGUUUCAAUGCAAGUAGUUUCCAUGUCUGAGGGAAAGGUGUGGCUGAGGAGACCGACUUAGGCAAGAAGACGGACCUGUAAGGCCGGUUCUUGUUGCCUGGAUACAAAAACUGCUUUUUUGAUGACAAAUGUCUUGUUUGCAAAGGGAACCUUGAUUUCACUGGUUUGUUUAGGAGAAGAACAAAUGACUUCUCAAAGUUCCAUGAUUGAUGUUUGAACUGAUCAGGGAACAAAUGUACAAGUGCAUCCCAAGAAAUGACAAUAUCAGUUGUUCAAUUCAAAAAGUCAAACUGUUAUGUUUUAUAGAUUUACUACACACAGAGUGAAAUCAAUUCAAGAAUCCAUCCAUCCAUCUUCCGCUUAACUGAGGUCGAGUCACGGGGGCAGCAGCCUAAGCAGGGAAGACCAGACUUCCCUUUCCCCGUCUACUCCGUCCAGCUUCUCCUGGCAGGUCCCGAGGUGUUCCCAGGCCAGUUGAGAGACAUAGUCUCUCCAUUGUGUGCAACGUGUCCCCGAGGCCUCCGGGAGGCAUCCUGACCAGAUGCCGGAGCCACCUCAUCUGGCUCCUCUCAAUGCUGAGGAGCAGCGCUUCUACUCCGAGUUUGUCCCAGAUGACAGUGCUUCUCACCUUAUCUCUAAGGGAUAGUCCAGCCACCCUACGGAGAAAAGUCAUUUGGGCCGCUUGUACCCGCCAUCUUGUCCUUUCGGUCACUACCCAAAGCUCAUGAGCUUUGUUGUAGACCAAAGCCUUAGCCCAUAGUUCAAGAAUGUAUUCCUUCAUUUCUUAAUAAUGGUGAUAAUUAUCCUCUAAUCAGCAAAUGAGCUGCAAAAACGUCUUGGGCCUUUCAUCUGUCUCGUAGUCUGAAGUGAAGCCCUGAAAUGUUAUCUGAACAACAUUCUAAUGUAUGGAGAUGUUAAAGAUAGCGCUAUACUGUAUUUAAUAUGAUGACGUUCCAGGCAUGGAUGAUGUGAAGCUCUGCUGGAGGUUAUUUUUACUCCAUGGACCAACCUCUGACAUGUAACCACACACUGUGGAAUGGCUUUUUACUUUUCUACUGUACUGUGGAGCCCUUAGACCACAAAGACUCUGUCAGCUUGACAAAUUGUCUGUCUGUGUAUGUUUCUGUUGCUUUUUCAGACUCCGGCCCCUGUAGUUCUGCUACAGUCACUUCUGAAGUAGAUUUUGUUAUUUGUUGCUGCUGUGGGAGAAAAAGUCUUGUGAAUGUUUACAGACUCCAGUUCUCUGUAGUUCAUCUACAGUUACUAUGAAGUAUCUGCUGGUGCGUACACCAUCUAGUGUACUUGAUCAAGUGUUCAGGCAUGGACCAUUCCACCUAAUUGCCGUCCCUGAGAAAUAAAAUGUAGAAAUGAACAAUAACAUUAUCUGUAACAUAGUUUUUGUUUCAUUAAGUGUCCUGCACGUUGAUUUGACUGCAUAUUUAAUCAAUUAAUUCAUUUCAACUACCUUGAAUACGGGAUCCUAAAAUGUACCAUGAAAUGUAUCAAUAUAUCUUACUCCAACCUAACUAUACUCAGUUUAUUUUCUUCAAAACCAUUAAUUUGCUUCAAAUUCACACUUUAGUUGUGUCCCUGGGUUUCAAUUCAGACCUUCUGGAAUAUUGUAAGUAGUCACGGUCACAUGGUCCACAGGAAGUUGCAUCAUUCAGAGUCUCUGCAGGCCAUGAGACGCUUAAAAUGAAGUUCACUCAUGGAUUUUUCUGCAUAUCGGAUGAUAUUUUAACUAUCACUGAGGGGAGGGCGUCCUCGUAAGAAAAAGAAUCACUAAUGUGCUUAGCGUCAACGU